CUUGACUGGGGAGAGAGUGUCUGUCCGGCGGUAACUGUUAGUACAGUGUCUGCGCGCGCGCCUGGCGUAAGUGAGUGGUGAGAUAGUGCGGCCCGAGCUACACGACGUACUUACAUCGCGGAUAGAAAUCCUGCAGUCUGUAACUUUUGUGCUCUCUGUCGGAGAUAAUGUACUCUAGCUGACAUCCCCGGUGCCAUGGUUGCAAGAUGGUGGAGUCAGCAGGACGUCUUGUGGCCGCGGUGGCGAACUGGUUACCCACACUCGCAGCCAUAGCUCUCAUGACGAGGUGCGGUGUCACUGGCCAGGACGAGUUCAAAGAAGUCAAACAUGUGGGAGAUUUGUGGAACACGUCUUCCUGCAUCGAGCCUCCAUUCGCCUGUCCACAUCCCAGGAUACAGUUCUUCCUGUAUACCAGGUACACUCAGGCGACCCCUGACCUGUUGGAUACGACAGACCCCAACUCUCUGUACGCGUCUCACUUCAACCCCAGCCACCCCACCAAGGUGAUCAUUCAUGGGUUCCAGGGAGGCCGUAACCUAGCGCCCAGCACCGACCUACGGGACGCAUACUUCAAGAGGGGAAACUACAACAUCAUAAUCGUGGACUACUCGACGCUGGUGAAGCUGCCCUGCCUCAGCCAGAUGGAGUGGAGCCCGCGAUUCUGCGCCCAGUGUAUCGCACAGAUGGUGGACUAUCUGGCUUACCAUCCCCGAGGCGUGGUCCCAGACACUCUUCACCUCAUGGGCUACAGCAUCGGCGCCCACAUCGCCGGCCUCACCGCCAACUUCGUGCAGGAGGGCAAGCUGGGUCGCAUCACCGGUUUGGAUCCGACCAUUAUCUUCUACAUGGCCAACAACCGGUCAAAGGACCUGGACCCGAGUGACGCUCACUUCGUGGAUGUGAUACACACGGGAGCUGGGGUUCUGGGACAAUGGGGACCCAACGGGCACGCCGACUUCUACGUGAACGGAGGCACCAGCCAGCCCGGCUGCACCAGCAACAGUAUCAUCAAGACUCUCUCCUGCGACCAUACCAAAGUCACUCCCUACUUUAUCGAGUCUAUCAACUCUGAAGCCGGGUUCUGGUCUGUCCCUUGCUCAAACCGCUUCCUCUUCAUGUUGGGCUUCUGCAACCCUCCCGCCCAGGACUGGGUGCUCAUGGGCGAGCACGCAAACCCCAAGAUUCGAGGUAUAUUCUACCUAACGACGAACGCCAACCCUCCCUACGCCCAGGGUCUGCCCGGCCGGUUCAGGCCGAAGCCGUCAAGACAACAGAGACAGUCCAGAAAAACGUAGCGCAGAACGUUUCACUACCAACUUUCUGUGAUUUGAUCGAAGAUAUUAUAUAAUAUAAAAUAACUUUAGAUACUCAUUAUGAAUAGCGGUACAAACACAUUUUAUCAUGUAAAUAUGUAACCCUGUAGAUGUUUCCGUAUACUCGUACACUGAAUUGCUACAUGAAGGCAUUAACCUAUCGCAGUGUAUGAUUACAACAUAACCUAAAAAUGAACUUUUUGUAUUAUUAAUGUACGACCAGUGUGUGAUUUUGAACUCCCAAGAUCAAGAGAUAGUACUUGUCUAUUUGGAAGUUCAGACAUAACAUGACCCGCAGGGCACAUAAAGAUCUUGAUCCAGUGUACCAACAAAACAAGAAAAAAUAUAUCUUAGAAGAAACGUUCUGUUCUUUCAUUGGUAAUUUCUUUUCUUUAAAAUAAUAUUACACAUUAGUUCAAUUGGAUUGCAUCAUGCCAGUUAUAUUUGUCGUCUUUUGACAAUAUUGUUGAUAAUUGACAAUUUAUAUCAGUGAUGAAAAUUCUGUCAAAUUAUAUCAAUUGCUGGUAUUAAAGCCUUGUGCAAUGGAUCACGUGGUCUGCUCAGUAAGGAUUAGUUUAUCAGUGUCAGAUGAGAUAGUAAUAUUUUUACUUCAUUAUAGCGUCGUUGUUACCAGAAUGUAAGUUAUCAAACAAAGUUUAUCACCUUGGUACAGCUACUCCAAUUUGACAAGAGGUAAAGUAAUCAUUCAAUGCUAAAUAUUUGUUACUUUAAACGUUCUGGUUGCGGUCUAUCUAUCAUCUAUCAGCAAACGAUAGAAAAAUUACUUAUAAAUAUACUGAAAAAAGUGUUAAACAUAUUAUUGGUUGUAGGUUAGCGAAACCUUUCGUUAGGCUGGAAAAAAUUCAUUUCUGCUUGUCUAUCUGUCUAAUGAUAUGUCUGUCCGCUCGAUAUCCCGAAAACGAGCAAAUAACUUGAAAUAAGUCUAUAGACUUGAAAUUAAUUCAUUUCUAUAUGAUGAACAACGAGUUCGAGUAUGGUGCAUGUCUUUACUGCAUGAAAUUUGGCUGACAGCAAAUAUUUUUACAUUGGUUUUAUAGGUAACCAUAAUGGCAACGUGAAAAUAACAGAAUGACUAAAUCUAUAAACAAACUCUAUAUAUUUAUAAAAUAUUUAAACAUAUUACAUAUCAACACAUGUAGCCUAAAUAUCGCAACACACUCAAUAUCAUUUUAUGGUGUUUUGGUGUGUAGAAUUUUAAUAUAUAAACAUUGAUAUCAAACGUAACUUAAUGAAUAAAAUGUAAAUUUAUCAAGUAGCUAGAUAUUUUGAGAACGAUUUAAUUUAAGACUUGAGAGAUGCUCGAAACUUCAUUCCUUCACAGGGAAAAAUGAGUUCUAAGAUUUGCGUGUCCAUUGUCCGACCAAGGAAUUUUGCUCAGCGUCGUUGAAGCUUAUCAUUCAGUAGUUUUGCAAAUUCUCUUUGCCGUGUAGUUGUCUUUUCUUCUAUCUGGCAAACUUAAAAUUCUACAUUAAACCUGAGCAAAGCCUGUUGAGCGUCACGUGCCUUGGCGUACAUUCAUCUAGUAUUAAGUAAACUCUGACAAUCAGAAGUACUCAAUAUCGAAAUUUAAUCCGAUUAAAUUAGGUCUUUACAAGACGAUUCAAAUGGGUUACAACUCUAAGAUUGGUAGUGUUAGCGUUACAUGCCGCACAGAACGUACACAAAAUGCCAACCACACAAUGUUCAUAUGAAUGCGAGGGAUGUUCUCUUCCAAACAUACAGUCCGGCAUUACUGUGUGUUACUCAUAUAUAUUGUUUCUCAUUAAAUAUGAUUUAGUCAUUACUGUAAAAUAAAGCUAUUUUUCUUAAUAUAUUCCUAACCAUAUCCUGAACUUUGUGAGUUUAAAUAGUUUUCAUUUGAUUUAGCAAGAAGCAAAUCCAGUACAAAAAUGGCAACUCCACGUGAUAUAUACCAAACAUUGCGGUGUGUAUUUAGUUUCUGGCCCGGAUUUUUUAGUUUUACUGGUUGUUUUCCUUAUUGAAAUAUAAACUUGAUUAUGAAAUUACUAGCCAACAACUCAUAAUCAAGUUUUUUGUGAUAUUCAAUUACGGAGAAAUACCGAGUGAAUAUAUGGUCUAACAAUGGUCAUACUUCGCUUCACACCACUGGAUGUUGGGGUGGUUAUAUAUUUAUUGUGCAGACCUCAUACCUUUCUCUAUUUAAUGUUACUUUGAGAUGUAACGUGUAUUCUUUAUAUUGUUCUAUCGUUUUUUUAAGAUUCUCAAUGACCAUAUAACUGUAAAUUGCUCAUAUAUUUUAUAUGUAUGUCAGGUAAUUAAGUAGUUCUAUGAGUGUGUAUAUAUACAUGUAUUUAUUAUUUGUACAGUACCAUUGUUUUAUAACUUGCCAUGUUUUAAGUUAAUAAAUCAAGUUUGUAAAAUA